CUAAGAUAUCAAGUGGCUUUGUAUCACUGCUUCAAAUGGCUCAAACCACACCAAAGAUAUCAGUUUCGGUACUGAUUUUCUUGCUAAUAACCAUUCUGGGCAGCUUGAAAGCCAAAGGGAUGAGGAUGAAAGAGACUAACAUGGUGUUCUACAUGCAAGACUGGGAGACAGGCGAGAACGUGACUUCGGUCUCAGUUGCCGGACUUAAUGGCAUUGGUUCGAUUUCGACAAGGUUCGGGACCAUCAUGGUGUUUGACAAUGCAAUCACUGUAGAUGUCGAAAGGCACUCAAAGCCGAUAGGACGAGGGAGAGGGAUAUUUGCUGCAUCUGCGUUGGACGACUCUGCCUUACAUUUUAUGUACUCGAUAGUGUUCACUGAUGGAGAGUACAAAGGGAGUACCUUACAGAUACAUGGUUUGGAUAUCUACCUCACGGAGCAUAAGGAAUUUGUGGCGCGUAGAGAGUUGUCGGUGGUCUCUGGGACGGGCUUGUUCCGAUAUGCGAGGGGCUACGUCGUGUUCGAGAAUGCCUUCUUGGACCUUUCCAACCUCAGUUCCGUGCUCAAGCUGACUGUUACUGUUCACCACCAUCCUGAGUUCGUGACCCCGUUCGAUCUGUCCAAAAUCUACUAGUUUAAUGAGUUCAUAUGUUUCACGUGUUUGGUGCUUGCUAUCUCUACUUAAACCAUGUAUGGUGUUUUAAAAUCCUACAAUAAGUAUUAAAUAUUUCAG